UGCAAUGAUCCUCUGUGACGCGAUACACGCCGGUCUGAAACGACUGCAGAUUAACCGUAGAUGAUCAAAACGCAUCCAUCUCUCUAUGAACAUGCACACACGCUAGACGCCAUUGAAGACACAAAUUGAAGAAUUAUGAAGCAAUAGAGCCACGAAGCUCAUCAAAUAUCAGAUCUUGCGUUAUGUUUGCCAAAUUAUUUCACAGAGCUCCACAGGAAUCUUCUCCUCGUAAGGAUGCUCCACAAUUGAAAGACUUCGAACCACACGUUGUUGUUCAUUAUGGGAUCCCAUCUACUGCAUCAAUCCUGGCCUUUGAUCCCCUUCAGCAUCUACUGGCUAUAGGCACACUCGAUGGUCGGAUUAAGUUGAUCGGUGGUGAUAAUAUUGAAUGCCUUCUAAUAUCUCCAAACCCAGUACCCUUGAAAUCUCUAGAGUUCUUGCAAAACCAAGGUUAUCUAGUCAGCGUCUCAAAUGAAAAUGUAGUGCAGGUGUGGGAUCUAGAACAGAGGCGAUUGGCUUCUAAUUUACAAUGGGGAUCAAAUAUAAGUGCAUUCUCUGUAGUUUGUGGUACUAAUUACAUGUAUCUAGGAGACGAGUAUGGCUAUCUGUCUGUAUUAAAGUUUGACUUUGAAGAAGGGAACAUCCAACACAUGCCUUAUCAGAUUCCUGCUGAACUCAUAGCUGAUGAAGCUGGGAUUCCAGUACCCGAUCAACCGUCUAUUGUGGGCCUACUUGCCCAGCCUUGUUCCUCAGGAAAAAGAGUGCUGAUUGCAUAUCAAAUCGGAGUGAUAAUUUUAUGGGAUAUUUCUGAAGAUAAGGCUAUACUUGUUAGAGGCCAUAAUGAUCUCCAACUAAAAGAUGAAAUAACUAUUCAUUCUACAACCGAUAUCAGGCACGAUAAAGUAAACAAUACAUUAAAUGAAGAGCAGAUAGAGAAAGAGAUUAGUGCUCUUUGUUGGGUUUCUUCCGAUGGGUCAAUGCUUGCUGUUGGUUAUGUAGACGGAGAUAUUAUAUUAUGGAAUUUACCAACCGCAGUAUCUGCCAAUAAUCAGAAAGGAAAUAAGGCGUCUAAUAAUGCUGUUAAGUUAAAAUUAUCUUCAGGUGACCGUAGACUCCCAGUCAUCGUUCUCCAUUGGUCAAAUAGUCCACUUAGUGGUUCUGCAGGUCAACUUUUUGUGUAUGGAGGUGAUGAUAUUGGAUCUGAGGAAGUCCUAACGAUCUUGAAUCUUGAAUUUUCAUCUGGACUGGAAGCCCUGAAGUGUGUUAAGCGCUUAGAUCUUACACUUAAUGGCUCUUAUGCGGAUAUAGAAUUGGUACGCGCGCCUGAGAGUAGUGAUACCACGCUUUUUGUGCUGACCAAUCCAGGUCAACUGCAUGUCUAUAAUGACGAGUGCUUGACUGGAUUAAUAUCUGCUCCAGACAUGAAACAUGCUGUAAAUGCAGUUCAGUGUCCUGUAACUAUACCAACAGUUGAACCUUAUAUGACCGUCUCAAAGCUCUGUUUGGUGGACUACAAUGAUGGUUUGCAAAGAGUUCUCAAGGAGAUAGUGUUGGCUGCAAAACCUCAAUCAUCAUCUCCUACAUCCCCAGGAAAUGCAAAGUGGCCCGUGAGUGGUGGCUUUCCGAGUCAACUAUCGUCAGCCGAAAAUAUUGGAGUUGAGAGAAUAUAUAUUGCAGGGUAUCAAGACGGCUAUGUCCGAAUAUGGGAUGCCACAUUUCCCGUUUUCUCACUUAUUUUCGUUCUAGGAUUGCAGCAAUCAUUGGAGCUUAACCUAUUUCCCCAGGUGGAAGGUACCGAAAUUUCUGGUGCAAGCGAACCCGUAUCAGCGUUGGAUUUUAAUUCUACAACGUCAAGUUUGGCUGUCGGCAAUGAUUGUGGUCUGGUUCAUCUAUUUAAGCUAGUUGGAGAAUCUGAAAAGUUAAACACACACCUUGUGACAGAAACCAAACGUGACGAAAUUAAUUUGCACCAUGGGAAAGGGUGGCAUUUGACAGCUGUCUUUUCUCUUAUAAAAUCUCCUGUACGAAGCCUACAAUACGCAUUUUCUGGAGCUAGAAUAAUCGUUGGACAUGAAUGUGGUAAGGCUGCUGUACUCGAUGUUAUAUCGUCAUCAGUACUGUUUCUUACAGAUUGCUUAGUCAGCAAUGGCUCUCCAAUCGUUUCUAUAACCGUAAAAACGUAUUCACAAACUGAUACUGAUGAUCCUAAGCAAUCUGGAGACACAUCAUCAAAAGAUACAGAGAAGGAAGUGGCUUUCAUAUUGACUAAAGAUGCACAAGUCAUCCUUGUGGAUAUUAAUAGUGGUGACAAGAUCUGCUGUCAGUCUGUAAGCCCUAAGGAAUCAACUGCAAUCUCAAUAUACCUGUUAGAUGAAAAGUUUGCUGUUCCAGAGUUGUCGGAACGGAAUCCUGUGAACUCGACACAUGGCCCGACAGAUGCAGAAAGUGAUUCAACUGUAGAUGAAGUAAGUACCUCAAGUGAAGCAACUGAAUUUUGGAAGACGUUUGUUGACUCACUCAUUUUAGUUUGUUGUGGGGAUUCAGUACUUCUACAUUCAACCAAGUCUCUAAUACAGGGGCGGUCAAACUUCAUCAGAAAAAUUGAUUUAGAGAAACAAUGUUGCUGGGCUACAAUCUUCAAGAGAAAUGAACUAGAGUCUGGAGUGAUUUUAGUAUAUUCUGACGGAGUUGUUGAGAUCAGGUCAUUGCCAGAUCUUAUUGUGCUGGCAGAAACUUCCAUAAUGUCUAUUCUCAGAUGGAAUUUCAAGACCAAUAUGGAGAAGACAAUGAGUUCUUUCGGUAAUUCAAAUAUAACAAUGGUGUAUGGAUGUGAAUAUGCUGUAAUAUCUCUUUUCACCUCUGAAAAUGACUUCAGGAUCCCGGAGGCUUUACCUCGUCUUCAUGAUAAAGUUGUUGCUGAAGCUGCAGAGGCUGCUCUUAAAUUCUCUCUUAGCCAGAAGAAUAAACAGGUUGCACCCACAGGAAUACUUGGUGGUAUCAUCAAGGGCAUAAAAAGAGAGAAGGAAAAUGAGAAUACAAAUGUUGAAGAAACUCGAGAUGUUCUUGUUCCUAAGCUAGAAGCCUUGUUUUCAAGGUCCCCGUUUUCAGUAGCAGAUUUAGAUUUGGAUUUGGAUUUGGGAGAUGAUUUCGAUGCACCCGUCAAAUUAGUUGUAGAAAAAAUUGAGGUCGAACCUAAGUCUCCGGAGCCACCAACCCCGAGUCAGAGUCAGACGAAGACAGAGAAAAACAAACAAAAGGAGAGGGAGCAAUUAUUUGAAGGGGGUUCAGAACCAAAAACUAGGACGGCAGAUGAAAUCAAGGCCAAAUACAGAAAGACGGGGACCGGGGAUACUGCGGCUGUAGCUCUGGAAGCAAAAGACAAGCUUCUCGAGCGCCAAAUGAAACUUGAGAAACUAAAAGAAAACUCAGAAGAACUAGCAAGCGGGUCCGAGAACUUUGCAUCAUUGGCAGGUGAACUGGUAAAGCAAAUGGAGAAUCGAAAAUGGUGGCAACUAUGACGUGGCUCGAACGGGUUGAUCUUGAAUGAUUGCGCCUAUUAAUUUGGUAGUCCAUAAUCAUUCUUUUACCUAAUAAUAUGUCUACAAACCUCAUAAAGCACAUUGAUAACGUGAAUGCUUGUUUGCUUGUUCUACUUUCCAUUUAUACAAAGUUUGGUUGCUUCGUUUACUUUA